AUAAACGAGCCCGAUCGGACGCAGCCAAUACGAGAAACGCAUGAACACGAAAUUAUAGAGAUGGCGUGCCCAUAAAAAAUCUCGGCCGGCUCGGAGGGACUCAGGCAGGCCCUAUGGAGACAGACCCUCAAGGAAUAUUCCCUCAUGUGGAAUGUGAUCAAAGUUUCAAAGGCCCUAAAUAAGUAUGUUGCUGUAAUGAAAAAUUAUAAUUAUCCUUCAACGAAUGUUUAUAAUGAUAAAAAGCUUAUUUCAACAAAAAUGGCAAAGUACGAUUUGACUUAUCGCAUUGGUCAGUACCUUGAUCGCCACUUAGUUCUACCGCAUUUAGAGUUUUUAAGCGCUAAAGAAAUUUUUGAUGAAAAUGAGCUACUUCAAGCUAAGCUUGAUGUCCUCAGUAAAACUAACAUGAUUGAUUAUUUGAUUGACGUCAAGAAGCAAUUAUAUCCUGAUGUUAAUGUACCAGAGGAAAUGAAAAAUCGUAGACAAGAAAUUUUGCAAGAAUUAAGCAGAUUACAACAAAAUGCUAAAGUUGUUCUUGAUUUUAUUGGGGAUGAAAAUGUUAUGAAAAAAAUGGAAAGUAUGAGAGACUCGAAAGCUCUUAUUAAAUUUCUAGCAGAAGAAGUUGAAUUUAAAAUAGAGAUGAUGGAUGACAUAGUAAAACUUGCCAAAUACAGGUACGAAUGUGGCAACUAUCAAACAGCAAGUUCAUAUUUAUACUUUUACAUGCUGGUUAUGCCACCUACAGAUAAGAAUUAUUUGAAUGCUUCCUGGGGAAAGCUUGCAUCUGAAAUUUUAACUCAAGACUGGGACACUGCUCUAGAAGAUGUUAAUAAAGUGCGAGAACUUAUUGAUAGCAAUAUUGGAAUAGGCAAUUCUCUACAAGUGUUACAACAGAGGACUUGGUUAAUUCACUGGAGCCUUUUUGUAUUUUUCAAUCAUAUCAAGGGCAGAGAUAUGAUCAUUGAUAUGUUUCUGUAUAGACCACAUUAUUUGAAUGCUAUUCAAACAAUGUGCCCGCAUGUCCUACGAUACUUGGCUGCUGCUGUUAUUGUUAAUAGAUCACGGCGAUCAGCACUGAAGGAUCUUGUAAAAGUUAUUCAGCAAGAAUCUUACACUUACAGAGAUCCUAUCACAGAAUUUUUAGAACAUCUCUAUGUAAAUUUUGAUUUUGAUGGUGCUCGGCAAAAAUUGCAGGAAUGUCAAAUAGUUUUGUGCAAUGAUUUUUUCCUAAUUGCUUUGCUUAAUGAGUUUGUAGAAAAUGCACGACUAAUGAUAUUUGAAACUUUCUGCAGAAUCCAUCAAUGUAUUAGCAUACAAAUGCUUGCUGAAAAACUAAAUAUGGAGAUUGAUCAUGCUGAAUGUUGGAUUGUGAACUUGAUUCGAAGUGCUAGACUUGAUGCCAAAAUAGACAGCAAGUUAGGACAUGUAGUCAUGGGUGGACAGCCUGCCUCUCCAUAUCAGCAGCUUGUUGAAAAAAUUGAAACAUUAAGUGUUCGAAGUGAAGCUUUAGAGAACCUGAUAGAAAGAAAAGUUAAGGCAAAAAAUCAAGACCCAAUCAGCAUAGUUUGGAAUUAACAAAGAUUUAAUCGCACUGACUUUCUGACAAACUGAUAAGUGCUGUUUACUAAGAAUAGUUGAUCAAAUCUUGGAAAAUGAGCACUUAAGUAUCUAGCAGUGCGAGUGGUAAAAAAUUAAAGAAAACAUUCAUGUAAAAACUUGAAAUUUAUUUCCUAAGCUAUGCUAUUCAUACUUCAUAUAUAUACAUAUAAAUUUUAUACUAGGCAUGUUUUUCAAAAGUUUGUUUAUUCUAAAAACUAUCUGUAAAUUGCCAAUUUACUUACUAUAAGAAACAAAAUAAUAAAAUAAUCAUGGAGUUAUUCAGUAUUUCAUCAAUAUUUUGUCUCAUUCUUAGACUUUUUAUUCUUUACUAAGUAGCAGAAAAAAUCCUUCACUUAUAUCUUUUAUUUUAUUUAAUAUUAAUAUCAUUAUUGUCAAUUCAGAUUCAAUAGAUUGCUAUUAUUAAAUCCUAAAAAUAAAUAUUGGUUAUUAUUUAACAGUUA